UUGAAUCCCAAGACGUGUUUUCUCCCUUUCUAUGAUGUUUCUGUCGGGUCGUCUGCGCGCACAGUGUCGACGCCAUUGUUUUCGCCUCGUUCGUUCCUAUCAGAUUCCUUGAAAAGAAAAAGAAAUAAACUGGCCACUCUAUCAUGGCUGAUGCACAGUCAGUUGCUACACUCAUAGACUCUGCAACCUCUAAGAUCCAACAACUUCAGCAAGCAUUUGCAGAGCUUGAAAACCAUCGUGCCAUAACUCUGAAUCUGAAAUGGAAAGAACUCGAAGUACACUUUCAUGGACUUGAGGAAUCCUUGAAGAAACGGUUCGAUGAUUUGGAAGACCAGGAAAAGGAAUAUGAAACCAAGGCAUCAGAGACUCGAGAAAUGUUGGAGCAGCGGGAAGCUGCAGUUGUGGCUAAAGAACAAGCAUCAUUGGAGAGGCUCCAAGACAAGAGAGAUGCUGCUCUCUCUGCUAUUGGGGCUGCUCUUGAGAUGUACAGGAAGGCCACAUCUGCAGAGCCUGCUGUUGGUAAUAGUGAGUGCUAUGGUGGGGCUGAUGUGAUUGUGGAGGAGAAACCACCUGAUUCCAAUGCUGCUGCAGGUGACUCAAAGGAUGUGGAAAAGCUUUCUGGGAAUGGACAUAUGGAGGACAAUACUCAUUCCCAGUUGGCCAAACUAUGUGAAGAAAUGGACUCAAAAGGGCUCCAUAAAUUCAUCUCAGACAACCGUAAGAACCUAGCUGCCAUUAAGGAGGAGAUUCCAUUUGCAUUAAGAGCUGCAACCAGCCCUGCCCGCUUUGUUUUGGAUUCUCUAGAGGAUUUCUACCGAAUGGAAGUGUCACCAUCAGAUGGGAAGAGGGAUUCAAGUCUCUUGGGUGUUCGUAGAACUUGUAUCAUGCUGAUGGAGUGCCUGAACCAGUUGCUAGAAGAAUCUGAACUGGGUUCUGUGUCUGAUAUAAUCUCAGAAGAUAUAAAGGAGCGAGCAAAAGCUAUUGCUGAAGACUGGAAGCCAAAGUUGGAUGAUCUUGAUGUUGAUGCCAGCAGUGGAAACUCCUUGGAGGCUCAUGCAUUCCUACAACUGCUGGCCACAUUUGGUAUUGCUUCCGACUUCAGUCAGGAAGGAAUAACAAAGCUAAUUCCUACUGUUUCCCGUCGCCGUCAAACUGCAGAUCUGUGUCGCUCACUUGGAUUGUCGGAGAAAAUGCCAGGUGUAAUAGAAGUUUUGGUGAAUAGCGGAAGGCAGAUUGAUGCUGUUAACUUGUCUUAUGCUUUUGAACUCACGGAGCAAUUUUCACCUGUACCCUUGCUGAAAAACUACUUAAAGGAAGCAAGGAAAGCUUCUUCACCAGUUAAACCAGGAAACAUGUCUCCUACUGCUCAGAAUGAGGUGAACGAGCGAGAACUGGCUGCCCUCAAGGCUGUGAUCAAGUGCGUUGAGGAUCACAAGCUUGAGGAGCAAUAUCCUUUGGACCCACUCCAAAAGCGGGUGCUUCAGCUUGAGAAAGCCAAGGCCGACAAAAAAAGGGUUGCAGAAGCUGCGAAGCCUCAGUCCAAGAGACCCCGUGCAAAUGGUGGGGGUUAUGGACCCCGAAUCACUAACAUUCCUGACAAGAGCUUCUAUACAAGAGCGCCUGACAGGUUCCCUCCAUACAUGUAUGACAGGCCAUAUAUCUACCCUGGACCAACUGACAGCCAUGGAGCAUCACUUCUGGGUUCUACUACUUACAACCUCUCUCCUAGCGGCCAUGGCAACAACUUCUUUGCGAAUGGUGGGUAUCAGUACCAAGCCCAAUAUUUACACUAGCAGACAAAGGUAAUCAAGCUGAUUGUGUUUAACUGUUAGGCUUUAACCCUUUGGAACUCUAUCCUGGUGUUUGUACGAACUGAAUAUAAAAUGUUAAUGAAAAAGUGUCUUGUUAUAUUUGAUUGUA